UGAAAAAUGCUUAUAUGUAGGUAAUUUUACUGCCAAGAUAUAUGUUUGCUGCGAUGUCCGUUCUCAGCAUGGAAAAUUAUAUCAAGGCGAACCAAAAUAUGUUGUUAUUCUCACAGCUCUUAGUUGCAGUAUACGUUCAGUGCGGAACUAUUCAUCUAAACAAAAUUUCUACCUUAAGUAUACCGUCAUCAUACACCGCCAUGGGAGCACCUGUAUUCACGUUAAAAAGUGGAUCUGCCGAACAGCUAGCUUAUGAUCCAAAGGAAAAAGUCGUGUACAUUGUUGGGGCGUCCAAACUCAAUGUCAUCGAUAUAUCAGACAUUGUAAACCCAAAGCUUGUUUUCCAUCAAUUUUUGGGAGAUUUUGAUCCAACUGACAUCGAAUUCUGUGGAGGUCAUGUCUUUGUGGCUUUGGAUAACAAUCACAACAGAGAAGCUGGGAGACUGGUGGUUUUCAAGAAGUACGACAUGAAUACCAACUCUAUGGAAGCAGUUUUGAAUAUUACAAUCGGCCCUCAACCAGACAUGCUUCUGCCGACGUCCGACUGUACAACUGUUCUUAUCGCCUUGGAGGCAAAAGCAUUCGCCAGAGACGGCAGUUUAGUUGACCCCGAAGGAGGAGUAGGACUUUUAAGAUUCCACGACGCUGAUCAAAUCUCUAACUCAAACUACUCAUAUAAAAGACUGAAUUUUCACAACUUUAAUGACAGGUGGAAUGACUUGUCAAAUUCCGGUGUGCGUUUUGUUUACAAAUAUCAAAAUAAUUCAUUCUCUCAAGAUUUAGAACCAGAGUAUGUCACAUAUAGCAAAGAUGAAAAGAAAGCCUAUAUUUGUCUUCAGGAAAAUAACGCCAUAGCAAUUGUGGACUUAGAAACAGAAAAUAUCACAUCAAUUCACGGACUAGGUUUCAAAAACUGGAGUAACUCUAAACUAGAUGCAAGCGACCGAGACAAUGGAAUAAACAUUAGAUCCCUACCGGUGUAUGGGAUGUUCCAACCCGAUUCCAUUCACGCAGUGGAAGUGGAUGGUAUUGAAUACCUUAUCACAGCCAAUGAAGGCGGCAGCAAAGACUAUUCUGGUUUCACAUUGAACACAGCUGGUUUUAACGAGGAAGUUCGAGCCAAGGAUAUCACACUUUCAAAUAAUUCGGAAGUAACACGGUGGGCGUUGGAGAACAACGUGACUAAUAUCAUGGACAAUGAGAUUUUAGGCAGACUUCAAAUAACGAAAGAGAAUGGACGAUUAGCUGACGGUACUUAUGAAAAACUGUUCACAUUCGGUGGUCGAGGAUUUUCUGUUUGGAGGGCUGAUACAAUGUCUAGAAUGUAUGAUAGCGGAAGUGACGUAGAGGAUACCCAUGCGCACGCUAGACCUGAUCUUUUUAAUGCCAAUCCAAAAUCUAAAACAGUCAUCAAAGAAACAAUGGACUCUCGAUCGGAUAACAAAGGUCCUGAAAGUGAAAGUCUUGCGAUUGGUCAUGAUGACAAUAGAUUGAUAGUCUUCCUUGGAAAUGAGAGACCCGGUUCUAUCAGUAUAUAUUCUUUUAAUGGAAAUAUGACUACACCUAAUUUCGAAAGUGUAUACUGGGAUAUACCGAACUCGGAGAUAACCUGGAUACAGGCUUUCAACCAGCGGACCUUAAGCAGCUUAGACCCAGAAGAUCUAAAGUAUAUUCCUCCGCGUGAAAGUCCCAGUGGCCGAGCUCUACUGCUUGUGGCGGGCUCUGCUAGUGGAACUCUCUCUAUACUAGAAGUACAAGGUGUCAGUACAGAUAAUACAAGAAGUAGCGGAUCUUCAAAACUGUAAAGACAGUAGCGUGGUUGCCAUACUUUUCCUACUGCUCACAGUAUCACAGCUCUAUGAUUACAAUUAGUUAGUUUUGAAAAAUAUGUAAAUGUGAUUUCUUAUUAAAUUCUUGUUUCAAU